AUGGGACGGAAUUCUGGUGGCAUCGAAGCCAACGGCGAGCUGAGAAUACUCCUAGUCGUCACCGUUAUUGUCGGUUUACUUCUAAUGAUGUCCCUUAUAAUGUGCUACGCGUGCGUUCUUAGGAGAUUAUGUUGCGGGACACCUAGAGAGAGAUCGAAAAAUAUUGCGAACGCAAGGAGAACUGAAAGUUACCCCAUGGGAGACGUAACUUUGAUAUCUCAGCCGACAGAAAGUGAAAGAGUUUAA